GAAUACAUUCUCCAUGUGAGUUGAUUAGUGAAUGGAUGAACUUACAGAAGCAGAACAUUUACGAAUUGAACAAAAUCGAAAACGUGCCUUAGAUCUUAAACUGUCACAAGUUGUUGCAAAUGAUCGCCACGAUGUUUAUGCAUCAGUCCCACAGUCCAAAUUAAAUACAAAAUGCUUAAGUAAUGGAGGUUUCAUUCUUGAAGAAGAAAUUUCUAGUCAUAAUUAUCCUUAUACGGAAAAGGAUGAAGAAUUUUCUGAUCCAGAAUUAAAUGCAACUGUUAAACCUAAGAAACGUAAACAAAAGUGCGUAAAACCACCAAAUACUGAACCAAAUCUUUUCCUAACUGAUUCCGAUGUACCUAUUCCCCCUGAUGAAGAGAAACCAACGUGUGAUAUAUGUCAUAAACAAUUUGAAGAAUCAUUUUUACGCAAAACAUUUGAAGUAGAUGUUUGUGAUAGAUGUCGAGACCCUAAAAAUAUUCAUGCUUUAAUUACUAAGAGUUCGGCAAAAGAACGUUACUUGUUAAACGAUGUUGAUUUGGAUAUACGUGAACCGAAAUUGAACUAUUUGUUGAAACGUAAUCCACACAAUUCUAAUUGGGGAGAUAUGAGACUGUAUUUGGAAGCGCAAAUUGCUGAACGUGCUCUAGAAAUAUGGGGUAGUGAAGAUGCUUUAGAAAAAGAACGUGAAAGGCGCUUGAAGCGCAAUGAAGAAUCAAAACUUAAAAGUUAUAGUAAAAAGGUUAAAGAACUUAAACUUCAAACACGCAGUAGCUUAUAUACGAAAGUGCAUAAAUCCCAUGAACAUGCAUUCGGACCAGAGAAAUAUGAUCCUCUAUCAGAUAUAUACUAUAAAUGUUGUAUUGAAUGUGAUUAUAAAUCAGUUUAUGAAAAAUUGUAAUAUUGCAUUUUUAUCAACUAAUGGUAUACAUUUUGUAAGCACUAGUAAAAUAUUCAAUAAUUUCUU